CCUGCCGACACCUGUCCCUAUCCACCCUCCACCGCCACCGCCACUGUCCACCCCCAGGCAGUUCCGGAGGGACCCGUGGGGCCUCCCAGGGCCCGGAGAACAGAGCGCACCUGCCCCGCCAGCGCGGUGUCGAGUCUGAUCCAUCAGGGGAGGACCUGCCGUGUUUCCCCCGCGGGUCUGCGGCCUCGGCUGGGCCCGUCCCAGGAGCCACCUGCAGACUGGGCAGCCAGGACGCCACGGCUCCGCCUGAAGCGAUGGCCCAGCCCUACCCCCCCGCCCAGUACCCGCCUCCGCCACAGAACGGCAUCCCCGCCGAGUACGCCCCGCCCCCGCCGCACCCCACACAGGACUACUCGGGCCAGACCCCGGUCCCCCCGGAGCACGGCCUGACCCUGUACACACCAGCACAGACCCACCCCGAGCAGCCGGGCACCGAGGCCAGCACACAGCCCAUGGCGGGGGCCCCGACAGUGCCGCAGACAGACGAGGCGGCACAGACGGACAGCCAGCCGCUCCACCCCUCCGACCCCACAGAGAAACAGCUCCCCAAGCGGCUCCACGUCUCCAACAUCCCCUUCCGGUUCAGGGACCCCGACCUGCGGCAAAUGUUCGGGCAAUUCGGAAAAAUUUUAGACGUGGAGAUCAUUUUUAACGAGCGGGGCUCCAAGGGCUUUGGGUUUGUAACUUUUGAAACUAGCUCAGAUGCUGACCGAGCCCGGGAGAAGCUGAAUGGGACGAUCGUAGAGGGACGGAAAAUUGAGGUCAAUAACGCCACAGCCCGAGUCAUGACCAACAAGAAGACGUCGAACCACUACACCAACGGCUGGAAGCUCAACCCCGUGGUGGGCGCCGUCUAUGGGCCUGAAUUCUAUGCAGGUAAAGAGCUGAAGCGGUGGAGGGGGCUGGUGGGGGGCGUGGCCGGGCGGGUGUGGCCAGGUGCGCGGGGGCGUGGUCUGGAGGGGCGUGGUCGGGGCCUGUGGGCCGGGCCGGGCAUGGGGUGCCCUCACCCUAUCUCGGCCUUCCCACUCACACUGCCCCUCUCCCGCCCGCUCUCCGCAGUGACGGGGUUCCCCUACCCCACCACGGGCACGGCCGUGGCCUACAGGGGCGCGCACCUGCGGGGCCGGGGCCGGGCCGUGUACAAUACGUUCCGGGCUGCGCCGCCCCCGCCCCCCAUCCCCGCGUAUGGAGCGGUCGUGUAUCAGGACGGCUUUUAUGGUGCUGAGAUUUAUGGAGGCUAUGCCGCCUACAGAUACGCCCAGCCGGCCGCCGCCGCGGCGGCAGCAGCAGCAGCAGCAGCCUACAGCGACAGUUACGGCCGAGUCUACACAGCUGCCGACCCCUACCACCACCCCAUCGGCCCCACGGCCGCCUACAGCAUCGGGACCAUGUGACAGCGUCCACUGUUUCCUUCUCGGACCGUGAAGGGCAAAAACAAAAAACAAACAAAAAAAUCACAAAACAAAAAA